CGAUGCCAGUAGAAGAACUCGAUCGCCCCCAUCCGACUCGUUCCGACACCGUUCAAAACCCUCUCCCCGUCUCUUUCUCUCUCUUCGCGCGCGCGCGUCGGCGACUCGUCCCGCUCGCGAAUGGAUGCCAUAAGGAAGCAAGCCACCAAGCUGAGGGAGCAGGUCGCCAGGCAGCAGCAGGCGGUUCUGAAGCAAUUUGGAGGUGGUGGUUAUGGAAUCUCUGAUAAUGUGAUUACUGAUGAGGCAGAACUUCAGCAAUAUCGGAGAAUAGAGCAGCUAUACAUAUCAACACGAUCAAGCAAGCAUUUCCAAAGGGAUAUUGUUCGUGGUGUGGAAGGCUUCAUUGUGACUGGGUCAAAACAAGUUGAGAUUGGUACUAAAUUAUCCGAUGACAGCAGAAAAUAUGGUGUUGAGAACAGCUGCACCAGUGACCAUACAUUAUCAAAAGCUGCAUUAAUUUUUAGUCAGGCUCGUUCCCAUAUGGAAAAAGAACGUGAAAAUUUAUUGAAAUCGCUUAGUAGCCUGGUUGUGGAGCCAUUACGAGCAAUGGUAGUGGGAGCCCAAUUAGAAGAUGCUCGACAUCUUGCUCAGCGCUAUGAGAAAAUGAGACAAGAAGCUGAAGUUCAGACUAUUGAAGUUUCAAAGUGCCAAAUUAAACUAAGGGAAGCUCCUGGUUAUGUCGACAAUAGUUUGAAGUUAGAAGCUGCUGAAACAAAGUUGCAAGAACUGAAAUCAAACAUGACAGUGUUAGGUAAAGAAGCUAUAGCAGCAAUGGCUGCUGUUGAAGCUCAACAACAAAGAUUGACUUUGCAGCGACUAAUUGCAAUGAUUGAAUCUGAGCGCAGUUACCAUCUGAAAAGCCUUCAAAUCCUUGACCAGCUUGCAGGAGAGAUGGUUUCUAAACGGCAAAGAAUUGAAGCAUCUCCAAGCUCAGUCUUGGAUGAACCUGUACCUCCACCUCAAUCAUAUGAAGAAGCCGAUGGAGUAUAUCCUUCCCACACUUUUGAUGGAUUAACUGAUUCUAUGGGAUACUUUCUGGGGGAGGUUGUGCAUUCAUAUCAGGCUGAGUCAGAUGCUGAACUGGACUUGUCAGUUGGAGACUUUGUUGUUGUGCGAAAGGUAUCCAAUAAUGGAUGGGCAGAGGGCGAAUGCAAGGGCAAGGCUGGAUGGUUCCCCUAUGGAUACGUGGAGAGGCGUGAUCGUGUUCUUGCUAGCAAAAUUGCUGAAGUAUUCUGAUAUACGAUUUGGCUGUAGCCAUGCCAAGCCUUUCAAACUGAAAGGGUGUCUUCACUGCUUCAGAUCAGACUCCACGAUCAAGAUUGUUUGCUCUUGUCAACUCUCCUCAUCUAAUCCAAAGUCAUGUUCCAUUUGGAUCACUGAGGUAAUUAUGCAUCUGAAUCUUGAUGAAUUCUCUCUACAUCAUUAUAUUAUUAGUGAAUGAGAAAUGAUACCAGCCAAGAUUCUCCACCGGUUUUCCCGAAAAA